CCGAGCCCGCAAAAGCUGGGAUCCACUUUCCCAUAUGCACACAUUUUUUGUCAUUGUAGAAAUUGAGGAGGGGACUUCCUUUUUUUUUUUUACUUUGUGAACUCCGACACGACAACAACGACAUCGACAAGUCACGACAGUCGCCAAAAAAGAAGAAAAGAUGUCUCACCGGAAGUACGAGGCACCGCGUCACGGUUCGCUGGCAUACCUGCCGCGCAAGCGAGCUGCCCGCCACCGCGGAAAGGUCAAGAGCUUCCCUAAGGAUGACCCCAAGAAGCCCGUCCACCUGACGGCGGCGAUGGGUUACAAGGCUGGUAUGACGACGAUUGUGCGCGACUUGGACCGCCCCGGUGCCAAGUCCCACAAGAAGGAGGUCGUUGAGGCCGUUUCGAUCAUUGAUACUCCUCCGAUGAUCGUUGUUGGUCUGGUCGGAUACAUCGAGACUCCCCGUGGCCUGCGCUCGCUCACUACCGUGUGGGCUGAGCACUUGAGCGACGAGGUCAAGCGUAGGUUUUACAAGAACUGGUACAAGAGCAAGAAGAAGGCCUUCACCAAGUACGCCAAGAAGCACUCCGAGAACAAGGCUUCAUCCGUUACCCGCGAGCUCGAGCGCAUCAAGAAGUACUGCACCGUCGUCCGUGUCCUCGCCCACACCCAGAUCCGCAAGACCCCCCUCAAGCAGAAGAAGGCCCACCUCAUGGAGAUCCAGGUCAACGGUGGCUCGGUCGCCGACAAGGUCGAGUUCGGUCACGGUCUCUUCGAGAAGCCCGUCUCUAUCGACACCAUCUUCGAGCAGAACGAGAUGAUCGACAUCAUUGCCGUUACCAAGGGUCACGGUUUCAACGGUGUCACCUCCCGUUGGGGUACCAAGAAGCUGCCGCGCAAGACCCACAAGGGUCUGCGUAAGGUCGCCUGUAUCGGUGCCUGGCAUCCUUCCCACGUACAGUGGACUGUUGCCCGUGCUGGUCAGAUGGGUUACCACCACCGUACCUCGGUCAACCACAAGGUUUACCGUAUCGGCAAGGGUGAUGCUGAGGACAACGCAGCCACCGAGAUCGAUGUUACCAAGAAGAAGAUUACUCCCAUGGGUGGUUUCGUCCGUUACGGUGAGAUCAACAACGACUUCGUCAUGGUCAAGGGUUCCAUCCCGGGAACCAAGAAGCGUGUCAUGACUCUGCGCAAGUCUAUGUUCAUCCACACCUCGAGGAAAGCGUUGGAGAAGGUCGAGCUCAAAUGGAUCGACACGUCGUCCGAGUUCGGUCACGGUGCUUUCCAGACACCGGAGGAGAAGAAGACCUACCAGGGUACUCUCAAGAAGGACCUCGCUGCCAGCUCAUAAGCUUGGCGGUGUUGUUUGUUGUCUUGACCUGUCCUUUUGGGGGUUUUUCUGUGUCAUUUAAUUCAUCACUCUGGCAUCGGCGUCGACGGUUCUAUUCUCGUGCUAUUUGGGACGUUCAGGUUUGGUCUCACACAAAAGGGAUUUCAGCAUCUGGGGGCUUUAACGGAAAGCAACCCUGUUUAUGGGAAUAAAAAAAUGAUAUCAAACGUCGAUGAAUGCCAUGAGAAAAAGAAUGUUGGUUUGUUUCCGUGACUGGCUCGUAAAUAACAAACAGUAUUCCAUUGGUUUUAGUUUGUGUGUGCGUAC